CUGAAGCUGCAUACUGCACAGAGGAGAGAGGGGUGAAGGGAGAAGAGAGGUGACAGCUCGUACUUAGCUAUGUGACUAACUCUCCCGGAAAAAGCCUGCAUGACAGGAGCAGUGGGAGGGACGAAAAGGACAAGACAAUAACUACAACACAAAGAGGAAAAAUUGCUUUCAACAAACAGGACAGUGGAGGGCUGCUGCAGACACACAAGUGAUGAAAUCCAUCUGACGCUGAGGGAGAGGAAUCAACACCUAAUGAAGAGAUGAAGUUUAUGUGGACUGAGACGUGGAGACAGCUCGGUGGGGGAUGUAUUCUGUGAAGAAUCCAAUACAAAAUUUCACAUCAGUGGUGCAGAUUUUGCCUGCCUGUCUCCUGUGACCGCCAUGCCCCUGUUCAGCUGGAUGAAAUGGUCCAAUGAAAAGAAAGCACAGGUUGAGAAUGAAGAAGCCUCUCUGAAGACCUCUGAGCUCGUGCCCAGUCGCAUGUUGAUCAGAGAGCUCCUGUGGCAUGUAGAGGAACGCGAGCAGCUGGCGAGGGAGCUGGAGCAGGAGAACAGGCUGGCCCACAGUGCUCUGGGUCUCCGCUGGUUCCAGAAGUACCCCAGGUUACGGACCCUCAUCCCUACAUCUGAGCUGAACCAGCUGGAGUUCCUGUGUGCACAGAUCCCUCCCGUCCAUGCAGCCACUGUGCUCUCCAGGUUUCGCGAGGUGCUUGCCACCAACAACAUCAGACCAUGGGAGCUGGCGUCUGUUUUCAAACAGGUGCUGAGGGACUUCCUCAGUCAAAAACUCUGCAAUGAAAAGGAGGACCUCUCAGUGCAGCCAGCACAGCUCCGACCAAUGGAGACUUGGACCAGUCGCUACAAAAUGAAGCAGGGCUUUGUCACACCCACAGUCCCAAACUGUGGAGACCACCAGAGGGAGGAGAUCCCAACAAUAUCCGGAUAUGUGGACUGGGCCAUGAGGCACUCCGGUUCGAACACAAUCUUCAACAGAGACUGGGACCUUCCUUAUUUUUACCCGGUUCCACUCAGGUCUACAGGAGCGUACAGCACUACACUAUAGCUUUAUUUGCACAGGCCGCAUGAAAGAAGUCUUAACCUGGAAGAACAGGAUGAAUAAAAACAUAAAGUCGAGAUUGAAGAGUAAAAUCCUUUUCAAGACAGGAACAGCAAAGAUGACUGCACAUCCAUCCAUGCACACGUAGCACUGAUUUAAAUAUUAAAACCAUAAAGUCUCUAUUGCUUUGUCAGAACUCAUGUUAUAACUAUUACACUGUGGCUUUGGCAGCAUGCUUUGGUUGUCAUGUCCUGCCUCCCGAGACUCAACUUCCCUAAUUCACCAUCCCCCUUACCCCUGAGGGACUACUACGAACUUUAAGGGACGUGUGCACAAGCAACUUUAGAACUUUAUAGACAUUUUCAGAGGAGCAUAUUAUGUGGAAAAGGCUUAUGAGAGGACGCACUGCUCUAAACAUCUUUGGUGUUGUUCCGACACAAGGAAACACAGAACCCACUGCAUUGAUUCAGGAUGUAAUAACUCAAUCAUCUGUAUUGAUUUCAGGGAGGUCACAGUUUGUGAACAAAGUGUGGAGCGGUUUUAGGCUGGGUGAACUAUUUGGGGAACUGUACAAAUGCAAUGAUAGUUUUCCACCUGCUGUUUUCAAUCCCUAAUCAAUGGACCAACUUUAUUCCCGUCGUCCUAUUGAAAAAUCUUAGGCAUGUAUUUCAAAGGAAUAUUGUCAGGUUGUGAAAAUGAGUCACAAGAGCACUGGAUGUCUUCACCUGGACAAAUAGGCACCAACCUGAGUGGACAUAAGUUUUAAAAAUAUGCAGUGGUUGAUGUUUUUAUUAUUUAUCUGUUCAUGGGUGGAAAAUUUUAACAAUUUGCAAACUUAAUUUCCUGUCCUGGUCAUAGACUUUAAGUCUUUAGAGUCUUCUCAGUGAAUUUGUGUCUCCUUGCGAUUCAUUAAUUCUGCUGUAAUGUUAAUACGUUUUGAGCAGUUAAACCAAAGAGUGAUGUUAUUGUCAAACAACUCCAAUUUUUUUACAAUUAAAGGAGAAG